CCUCAUGAAUGCGGCUGCCAGUGUGUUUGUCGUGCCUCGGCCCCUUGUUCCAGUCGCAGCAAAGUCUUGGGUUGCAUUUCCACGCGAUCGGCAGGAGCAAUUUCAAAGCAGUAGCAGCGGCAGCAGUUUAUUUCUUCGCUAUUUAGGGGUGAUUCAGUCUGUUGAUUUGUCGAACGAUACUCAGGGUUUAAGUUUUGGGGUUUUAGUUUUCGAUGGCUUUCCUAGCGCAGCUCGGAGGCUUGGUGCGCCAAUCAAUUGCACGCAACGCGUUGCAGCGGCACAGUGGUGCUGCGGCCAUUCCUGCUAUGUUUCUCGUUUCGAGGGGCAUGUCUGGCUCGAAACUCUUUGUGGGCGGUCUUGCAUGGGGAACCACGGACGACAACAUCAAGGAGGCGUUUUCAGCUUUCGGAGAAGUGACCGAAGUUAAGAUUAUUUGCGACAGAGAUACCGGCAGAUCCAGGGGCUUUGGGUUUGUGACUUUUGCCACUGAUCAGGAUGCCGAAGCUGCUCUUCAGGCACUGGACGGGCGGGACUUGGCUGGUCGCACUAUUCGAGUGAACUACGCUACCAAGCAGUCACCACAGGACAGGCAAUCGGGUGGUGGUAUGUACGGUCGCCGUGACCACUCAGGUGGUAACAGUGGCAACUUUGGUGGGAGCGGAACCUGGAGGGGCAUGUAGGGGCCUUGAGAAACGGUGUGUGCCAGUGUCGCCGAGUGUUCGAAUAUUUGGUGGUUUCAGUAGUAUGUUCAUCUUCAAUUUUUAAAGCUUUAUUUCAUUUAGAUAUGCCCUUAUGGAAUAUUGUAUGCAGUAACGAAGAGAUCAGGGAUAAAAGGAAUUAACUGGAGGCUUCAGAGUAGUGAUAGGUUAGGGAGCGUUCUGCAUUGCAUUUGAAGGAUUGCCGCGAGUGCCUUAAGUGUUCGAUUGCCAAAGGAACUGGAGUUGUUCCGGUCAUCCGAUAAACGCUAUCAGCACAUCAUGUUAAGUAAUUUUUGUAAUUCCCUCUUGAGUGUCUCCAUCGAGGGAGAAAACACACCUUCAAACAUUUGAUCCAUAGUUAAGAUAUGACUUGGUUCGCAUGGCUAGUUGAAAUAAAGUUUCAAUUCUUACUAUUAUUCUCUUUCUAUAAAGAGGCGGUUAUUUUCAUCACUGGAAGAUCAUCCACUUGAAUAAAAAUAAAGCUCAUUCAUUUAA